AUGAAUCAAGAGGAAAAAACUAAAGAAAAAUUUGAAAGUUCAGAUUUAGCAGAAACUGAAUCAUUUACUCAAGCAAUUGCUUCUAGAGACAAUAUAAUUUCUAAACGAGAUGAAACGAUUAAAAUUUUAAAAAAGCAAAUCGGAGAUCAGCAAAGAACUAUUUCUUCACAAAUGGAAGUAAUUGAAAAAGAAAAAGCUGGUCGAAUUGAUGCUGAAAGUCAGUUAGCAGAAAAGAAAGAUUUAAAAGUUGAACAUAAAGGAAAAUAUUUCAAAACUGAAGAAGAAAAAGGAGGUUGUUUUCUGCGAGUAAGAAAACGUUUUGACCUCCUCAAUCGUUUUCUACUCUCAAAAAAUAUGACAAUUUUAGAGAGCAAUCAACCCCAAAAUUUAGAAAACGAAUUUUUAAAAGGUUUAAGAAAUCGAACCGUAGUUGGUGAUAUUCAAAACCAAACUAUUGUACAAAGUAAAAUUUUACCACACAUCAAAGUUUUAAAUAUUCCUGGUGAUGUUUUAAAAAUUGUUGGUUUAAAAAGUAAUCGACCAAGAAAAUUUACCUGGGAUUAUGACCAAAAAAAAUUUGGACCAGGAGAUGCAGUAAUUCAUAAGGCGGAAAUUACCGAUGAUGAUAAACUAAUUUUCUAUACUGUUUUUAGCGAACCAAUUGAAAAAAUUGCGGUAGGAGAAAAAUCUGCCGAAACAAUAGCUAAGCAAGCUGAUCAAGUGGCUUAUGAUAUAGCAGACUUUUACGAUGAAGAGUUUGUUCAAAAUUAUGCUUGUGACCUUAAUCGCUAUUACGAAGGCGCCAUAGUUGAAUUAAAUACUGAUCAACUACGAGACACGCAAUUAGUUGGAGAAAUUGCAGUUACAGUUGGUUAUCAAAUGACCUCUCCUUCAACAAUGUUUAAUAAGCGUCGAGAAAGAUGUAAUGUGCGAGACACUAAACAAAUUCUUUGUUUUAUCGACUACUCUCUUUAUGGUAGAGGUAAAAUGGCUUCGAUUUAUACUACUCCUAGCCCAGUUUUGAAAGAAUUAGAAAAUACUUUUACCGUAAUUCCUUGUAGCAUGACGAAUAAUGUAAAACUUUCUCUAAUUGAUGAUCCGCAAAAAUAUUUAAAACUUUUAGAAAAAACUUUUUCUAGUUUCGUUGAACUUGAUAGUGGCGAAAUUAAGAAAAAUGAAGAAGAGUUUUUUAAGAAAUUAAGCAAUGAAUUGAAAAAAUUUGAUGAAACUAAGGUAAAGGAAGGGUUGAAAACUUUACUUACAAAGAUAAAUCCAGGUGAAGAUGAUGCUAACAAAAAGCAACGCUUCGCAAAAAUUAUAGAAUCCUUAAAAGAUAAAAAUUUGGUAGAAGAAGAACAAACAGAAGCGGAAUAA